CAAGGAAAUCGUCAUCGGUCUAUUUAUUCCCAGCUGUGUUCCUAUUUGUUUUGUAUAUCUACACAUUGUCUCCUCUCUUACAAUUUGCGUGUGUUGUGGUUUAGUUUUAUAAUCAUUGUUCCAAGUCUUAGUCGCAGCUUAAGUUUCAACUUUCAACAGCAAUGAAGAAAGUCGUCUUGAAAUUGGAUUUACAUGAUGACAAAGGGAAACAAAAAGCCAUGAAAGCAGUUUCAGGUCUAUCAGGUAUUGAUUCUAUUUCCAUGGACAUGAAGGAUAAGAAAUUAACAGUGAUUGGCGAUGUUGACCCGGUUGACGUUGUGAGCAAGUUAAGAAAACAAGGGCACACAGAGAUUUUAACAGUAGGACCAGCGAAAGAAGAGAAGAAAGAUGGAGGCGGUAAGAAGGAUGAUAAAAAGAAAGAAAGUGAUCAGAUUGCUGAGCUUGUUAAGGCCUACCAGGCCUAUAAUCCUUACAUGACACCAUAUUACCGGGUAGUGAGUGCUGAAGAGAAUCCGAGUUCUUGUGUUAUCUGUUAAAUUUGGGACCCCUGAAGGACAGAACAGAAGGAAUUGGAGCAUUGGAGACAAACCCAGAAAACGGUUUUCAAUCAUAUGCAUAGUUUGAUAAUACAAGGAUUGGUAUUUUACUUUGUUUGUGAAGUACAUGCUGUAAAAAGUACAGAGAAAAUGAAUAGAUUUUGAACAUUUAAUACAAUAAAUGUAUUUUGCCUAUUUUUCCAAUUGUAAAGCUUUUUUUUUUUUAAGUAAUGCUUAGGG